AACGUCGUUAUACUUUGUUGGUUCAUAACUAACACUGAACUCUGCCAUAAUUACCCAAUAACAAUUAAACAAACUCUUGUUCCAAUUUAAAUUUUGAGUAAACCAAAACACUUUCACAUUGAAAUUACAAGCGUUUCCGGUCUAUGUCGAUAAAAUCACUAAUUGCUAUUCAGACGCCGCUAGAAAUGGCGUGAAUAAUUAAGUGCUUUGUGCUGGUGUCGAAAAUGUCUUCCCAGUUUUCAUUCUCGGGUUCCAAGCAGAAAAGGUUUUCAAUUGACGAUGCUUUCGAAGAGGAAACUGACGAGGCGAUUAAAGUUUACGGAUCUACUGAUUACAAAAUUAAGAACAACAAAAUCGGACAAGGCGAUUCUAUAGGAAUUAAUAUAGACAAUGGACAGGGCUAUAAAAUUGUUAAUGACACAUCGCGAGACAGUGAUUCCCUAAUUCAGGAUUAUUAUGAAUGUUCAAGCGAAGAAAACUUACCCCGUUCAUGUUUUAAGCACCCUAAAGUGAGGGAGAACUGGAGGAUGGUGUUGGCAGCUACUACAUUACUGAUUAUAGGUGUGGGAUUGUUGAUUACGGGAACCUUAACCUUAUCUGAGCCGAAUUCUGGUUUACAGGCAUCUGUAUUUUUAUUAGCGGGAUUCAUUUGUUUUAUUCCUGGCGCUUACCACGUAGUCUACAUUUAUCUAGCGGCCAAAGGUAAGAGGGGAUAUCACUUUCACAACUUACCACUGUUUACAUAAGUAAUAAAACGAAUGUUUAAUUGUUAAUAUUCUUAAUAGAAAAAUUCCACUGUAAAAAUAGUCUCAACAGGGUAAAGUAUAAUAUGGCCUUGGUGAAAGGAACGAAAAUGUUUUGCUACAACCAUAUGACUGCUUUAACAAAAGUUUUAUCUUUCAUCUCGGGGUCAUUAUUUACUAUUUAAUAUAACUAUUUGAGGUUUAGUAUGUUAUUUGCUGUCAUUACUAAUUAAAGUAAUUGGCCAAAACUAUUAGGUCAUAUAUUUGUUUCAAAAUAUAUUUGUUUUUUUAUAUUGUGUACAUAAGUUUUAUAUUCUGGUAUGUAUUCUCUUAGGAUUUAACUUGAUUUGGUCUGAUUAUUGAGAUUAUUUAUUUAUAAAAAAUACAUAUGUAUUUAAGUUAGGGUUAGAGUUGAUAAAAGUGACAAAUUAACAAAAUCUUUUGCUUGCAUAGGACAGAGAAACAAAUUAGGUCAGUGUUUGUGGCAUAAUUUAAAAGGAUCAAGUGGAAAUGUCAUAUUUUGGGCAUAUUUUUUUAAACCAAAGUGUAAAUAAGCAGUGUUGCUAAGUUACUGGUAUCUACAAUGAUUAAUUAAAUUUGUAUUAUUAUAUAUCCAUUCUAACGUUUAUUAUUGCUGUAACUGUUGGACUGUAUCUUCGAAUUAUGCUAGCCCUGUCAAAGUGAAAUUCUAACUAGUAUAACUUAUUUACUUUGGAGGUCGUCUCGUCAAGUUUAAGCAAUAAGAUAGUUGUUUAGUUUUUCAAGAAAUUCAAAAGAAUCUCACUUUCAAUAAACCUCAAAAUUUUGUUAUUGAUUUUUCUGACAACCUGUCUAUUAAACAAAUAUGAAGUUCAGAAGCGUAAUCGAAAUCAAAUUUUUUACUCUGUAAGCAACCGAAAGUGCUAUAUUUAAAUAUUAAGUUGUUUUGUCUUCAUACAGGGCUGGUGUUUAAGUGUCACACAUUCAAAGAGCUUUAAAUUAUUUUAUGUAAAUUAAUAAAACUUACCUAAAUAUA